AAGAAACACGGAUUACCAGCCUUCUUUACCAGUUAAACCAGUAUCUCUGGAUAGAACACACUCAAGUACUUCAACAGGUAGAGUCUCUGACCGCAAACUCUUUCGUGGCUCCUCUGAAAAUAAUCUCCCACCUUUUUCCUCUCUCCGUUUACCUCAAUUGAGUUUCCAGCCCUUUUGUUCGCUCUUCUUAUCACUUGGAAAAAGGUGAACCCUCGUGUUAUUUUUAUUUUAAUCUGUGCUUUAAUUGUAGUUUUUACCCUUGUGGUCCCUGAUGGCUUCGCACAGUGAUACUCUGGUGGUGUUCUUUGGGGCAACAGCUGGUGCAAAUGGGGGUAAACUGGGUUCGGAUGAGAGGGAAAUAAUUCUCUUGGUGUGGCAAAUUGUGGAUCUACAUGAGAAAAAGGUCGGGAAGCUUCACAGAUGUCUCGUCAAGCCGGACACGUUGGAGCUGACGGAUCAGUGUAAAGAGGACACCGGGCUGACUGCGGAAGACCUCGUCGAGGCUGAGCCCCUGGACAAAGUGCUGCAACAGUUCCAGCAGUCGGUGUCAUCAGAAGUGAAAUGCCUCGGCAGAAACUCCUUCACACUUUGUGUCGACAGUCCCCAUGUCAUCCGACAGGCCCUCCACCCCGAAGCUUCCAAAAAGAAUCUUGUCCUUCCUGAAUGUUUCUUUUCAUUUGUGGACGUGAAGAAGGAGUUUCACAAAUGCUGCCCCAAUGCCAGCCCUGUGCAGAAGCUCACAUUCACCUCCAUGUUGGAAUAUGUUGGUCUUCCUGCUGUGUCAGAGCAGUCAAUGGGGGAGAUGGAAGUGAGCAGCAUGGUGCAGCUGACACUCCAAAUCCUGGCUGAGCCCUACAACCACAAGUUCUCCUGUGUUGAAACUGUGAAGUACAAGUUUGAUUCCGGCACAUGCAAGACGGAGCCAGUGGACAGUGAGACAGUGAUCCGAGCGCGAGGGCUCCCAUGGCAGUCCUCAGACCAAGACAUUGCUCGCUUCUUUAAAGGCCUCAGUAUUGCCAAGGGUGGCGUGGCCCUUUGUCUUAACGCUCAAGGCCGGAGGAACGGUGAGGCCCUAGUUCGUUUCAUCAGCUCUGAACACAGGGACCUGGCCCUGGAGCGUCACAAGCACCACAUGGGCAGCCGCUACAUUGAGGUCUACAAGGCCACAGGAGAGGAAUUCCUCAAGAUAGCUGGAGGUACGUCUAAUGAGGUGGCCCAGUUCUUGUCCAAAGAGAACCAGGUGAUUAUCCGGAUGCGGGGGUUGCCGUUCACUGCCACACCCCAGGAAGUGCUGUCCUUCCUUGGAUCUGAGAGCCCAGUUACAGAUGGUGGUGAGGGUCUGCUCUUUGUCAAGUACCCUGACGGACGGCCCACUGGCGACGCUUUUGUCCUCUUUUCUUGUGAAGAGUACGCACAGAACGCCCUGAAGAGGCACAAGCAGAUCCUGGGGAAGCGUUAUAUCGAGCUGUUUCGGAGUACUGCAGCUGAAGUGCAACAGGUCCUUAACCGCUAUAUGUCCGCACCUCUGAUCUCCACACUGCCCCCAUCACCCAUGAUGCCCGUCUCCGUCCUCACCACGCCCCCUUACCUUCCAGCGGCAAGCAGCACCCGCGACUGUGUCCGCCUCCGUGGGCUGCCCUACACUGCCGGCAUUGAAGAUAUCCUGGAGUUCAUGGGAGAGCACACCGUUGACAUCAAACCCCAUGGAGUCCACAUGGUCCUCAACCAACAGGGUCGGCCUUCUGGUGAUGCUUUCAUCCAAAUGAAGUCCCCUGACAAGUCGUUUAUGGUGGCCCAGAAGUGCCAUAAAAAGACCAUGAAGGACCGUUACGUCGAGGUUUUCCAGUGCUCCACAGAGGAGAUGAGCAUUGUGCUGAUGGGAGGAACCCUAAACCGCAGCGGCCUCUCUCCUCCACCCUGCAAGCUUCCAUGUCUAUCUCCCCCCACAGCCUAUGCUGCCUUCCCCACCCCGCCUUCCAUUCUUUCUGAGGCCCUCUACCAGCCCCCCCUACUGGCUGCUCCCAGACCACAUCAGACCAUCACACACAGCCCAGCUCACACUCUGGCCUACUACCCGCCUCAGCCGCACAUGUACAUGAAUAUGAACAUGAACUACACAGCUUACUACCCCAGCCCCCCAGUUUCUCCUUCUACAGUUGGCUACUUUGCAGCCCCACCGGGAUCAGUGGCAGCAGCAGUCGCAGCCCAACCCCAUCCUGCAGCAGCCGCCGCCUCUUCUGUGCUGCCGCAACACGGUGCACUGGUCAGGAUGCAGGGCCUGCCCUACAACACCGGAGUCAAGGACAUUCUCAGCUUCUUCCAGGGAUACCAGCAAUGUGGAGGACGGAAUGAAAUCGAGGGGUUGCAGCUGGAAGGCGGCACCAGGUGGACACCUGUGGCCCCGCAGCAAAAGCUUAACUGGAGAGGCCAGACGCACAGCCAUCGAACAUUAAAUAUCAAAUACGCCCCUGACGAGUACAGCGGCAUGGUUCAGAUGAGCGAACAGGCCAGGAGUCUGAUUCAGCCCAAAGAAUGGCUCUGUCUUUAGGGACUCGCACCAAGCUCCAGCCAGACGGCGUCCUCAUCUUGUACAACUUCAGCGGCCAGUGCAGCGGCGAGGCCUUGAUCACCUUUCAUAGUGAGGAAAUUGCCAGGCGGGCCGUAGCCGAGCGCUCCAACCACUCCUUCUACGGCCAGCAAGUCCACUUGGUCCUAUGUAACUGACCACUAGCCCUUCAUCUCUCUUCUCCUCCCGUGAUUUAAGCUCACAUUGAAGUGCCUCCAACUGCUUUUCCAGUUGAUCCCAGAGCCACUUUUAAACUGCUCACCCUUUUCCAUAACCUGCCAUUAUUAACACAAAACGGACACUGCUGGCCGUGACAUUCCUGAAGCUACUGUUUGAGUUUGGACAUCCACUGGUGAAGCAGCUGAAGUCAGUAAAGCUUAUUGUUGGGUUAAUGACUUUGUGGAUGUCAUGCACAGCAUUUCUGUGUAUGUGUGCCUACUGUAAUAGCUGGUUAGAUUGUGUAGAGCCUGGACAAACAUGCAUGUAUAUUUAAGUGCUUUAUCUAUGUGUCCACUGAUGCGACUGUACAGAUGUUCAUCCUGAAAUGCUUGAGGCUGUACAAACCCCUUCUGCACACAUUCUUUUCUGUAUAUUUCAAAAUGUUCACUCUUAACCACUACAACAUUUUGACUUUUCAGAGUUUAUGAUCCUUUGUGUUAGCUCUAUGCAAACACAGAUGAGUUAAUGCGCAAUGUUUGAGUUGAUGGCCUCAAAGUGUAGUUGUGCCAUUCUGAGAGAAGGAGAGAGAGAAAGAGGCCAUAAAGACUGACUGGACUUCUCAACUGUCAUGGAUUCAUUUGAACUAACUUUAAGCUGCAGCGACUGUUGAUUUAAAACUACAGCAACACCACAGAUGUGCCAGUCUACCAUCUAAUUUGUGACUUCUUUUUUUUCUGUAAAAAGCAUUUAUGCGCGACACGGUAUGUCCUCCCCAUUUAGAUAUUUUCCAAGCACUACAGAUUUAUUUGUUCCAAAGAGUAAAGUGACGGAGCGUCUUUAACAGAGUAGCAUGACAAAUUGAUUCUAAUUUUAUUAAUCACAUUUCCGUACAAUGUUUUUGGAGAUGUUAUGAAAUAUAAGGACACAGUCAUAUCUUGAAGCCUUUUCUAAUGAUCGACCGCAGCUACUAGAUCUUUUCUGUUUUGGUUUCCAGACUAUAAUCGGUCUAUAGCUGAUUUAAUUCCUGCUUAUGACCAGAAUACUGUGUAGAAGCCGCAUGAGUUUUUUUCUGUGACAGGCCUGCUGACAGCUGUCUUUGUUUGUUGCCCCCUUUGCUGUGCCUACAUUACCCAGAGUGCAAUACUGGCCCAAACAAGGCUUGGUUAACCUCUGGUGGCAGAGGAGAUGUGUUUCUUUUGUUGCAAGUUUGACACUUGUAUGAAUUUAGAUCUGUGUAUAAGACCAAACAAUAAAGACUGUUGACUAUG